AUGGGCAGAAGAGGCAACAUGCGUGCUCGACCUGGUCUUCUGUUUAUCAUCGUGUUUGCGGUUUGUUUGGUCAUUGUCUACCUGUCAUGGCGGUCAGUGAUGUCCCCAGGGAUAAAAGUUAAGGACACAUACUCUAUGCAAGUACAGAAUUUUCUUGAUGACACCAACAGGCUGAGAAACAUGGGAGGCAAUCACGAGGAGUUGGAAGACAGUCAUGAUCGGGAUCCAGAUUAUCAUAUUGAUAGUGCACCCCUGAAGAAGCAACAGAUAGCUUCUCCUCUCCAGGAUGAACUUGCAAAGAAGAAGAAUUAUUUCAACAAUGCAGGUGUUGGUAAAUCACCAUCUUUGAAUGCUAAGUCUCCUGCAAAGCAGUCCUUCAUAACGGAAGAAAAGAAGUUCUACCGUAACCCAGAUGCUUCUGUUGCUGAAACGGUGAAGUCCAUGGAGCGAUACGUUCAUCUGGAUCUCAAAGGAGCAGCCCCAAAGUUGAGUUACCUGAAAGACUUCAUAUCCGUUGUGAAAAGAUUAGGUGCAACAGGUGUGCUAAUUGAAUACGAGGACAUGUUUCCCUAUUCUGAAAAACUGAAAUACAUCAGUGCUAAAAAUGCCUACACCAAAGAUGACAUCAGGGAAAUUUUGGAGACUGCCAAAGCAAAUAACCUGAAAGUGAUGCCACUGAUACAGACUUUUGGACACAUGGAGUUUGUUCUCAAGUCUGACUACUCCACCCUGAGGGAAAGUCUGUACACACCUCAGGUCAUUGAUAUUACUAAGAAUGAAUCCUAUGAAGUUAUCUCUGAAAUGAUAAAACAGAUCCUGACCGCUCAUCCUGAUGCUACACACUUACAUAUUGGCUGUGACGAGGUGUACGAACUGGGUAAAGGAGCCAGUGGUGUGGAGAUGCACAGCAAGAAUCUGACUGCUUCUCAGAUGUUUCUGCUCCACGUUAAGCGUGUUGGCAACAUGGUUAAAAGUUUCGGCGGCCGAGGAGUUGUACCUGUAAUAUGGGAUGACGAACUACGCAAGACCCCUUUAAGUGAUAUAGUGAAUUUCAGGAUACCUUCUCUUGUUGAAAUUAUGGUUUGGCACUACACAAAGUAUGUUGCGGAAACCAUAAACACCGACGUAUGGGACAAGUACGCUAAAGUUUUCAAGUCCGUGUGGAUAGCAUCAGCGUUCAAAGGAGCAACCGGAGCAAGACAGUUUUAUACAGAGCCUCUGUAUCAUCUUGAGAAUCAUUACAGUUGGCUGGAUGUCAUAGCUGCCAACAAUGGCCGGCUGAUCUUCAAAGGUCUGGCUCUGACAGGAUGGCAACGCUAUGACCAUUUUGCUACCCUGUGUGAACUGUUGCCAGUGGCCAUACCCAGUUUAGCCAUGUGUUUAGCCACCAUGAAGAAUGCAGGCUUUACCCAGGGAAUACAUAUGAAUACCAGCAGACUGCUGAACUGCAGUCGACCUUUAGAGAUAUCAUUUCCCGAGAUUGAUAAGAAAACUGGCACUGCUGUUGUCACACAGGACUGUAGGUUCAAAGGUCAUGAGUUGUACUAUGCAAUGCAAGAACUGUAUGGUAUUACCGUAGGAACCCCCAGCAUCAAACACCGACUUGAUGGCUGGCUGUCUGACUACCAGGUCGCCCGUAACUUCACCAAUCCUGGUCAGAUCAGGGUCCUUUCUAAAGCACUGAGCAAACAAAGCUCAGCCUACAACGCGGUAUCUGUUCCUGUGAAGAGAGAUUUGGGCAACUUUUAUUUUGAAGAUACAGUCGAUGAAUGGAUUGAUGAAAAUAUUAAAGAGCCACAGAGACGCAUCGAAGAACAGCAGAAAAAGAUAGAGGCUUUGUUGCUGUACAAGUCGUGGCCCCAGCGUCCUUUGCCCUUGGAACGUGAUGUCAAAAAAGUAAACAAAAUUGAUGGAACAAAAAAUGAAAAUAAUUAUUUUCAACAGGGUCAGGUGAGAGGUGAUGCCAAUAAUCGACUGUUUUCUCAGACAGUGCCGCCAAAAGUUCAGAAUGAUGGCACUGGAUCAGAAAAUAAAGAGUAUCAGAACGCACAGUAUAAAAAGUUGCCUCCUCCACUCCACUCACAGUACCGACUGAAUGAAGGUGUAGUAAAAGGAAACUCAUUGCAACAAGAGGUAUCACCGAAUUCCAAACUUCAAAAUAAAAAUGAUCGUAUUAUUGAAAAGCAGGGAGAUAAUUCCCGUAGAGAUGGUUCUGAACUUCCCAAAUUGCCAGACUGGAACAACCCGAAUGAUGGAAAGAGAGAGAACACAUUUGACAGCAAAAAAUCUGGCACUUCGUUUGAAGAUUUCAGACGGAAAGACGGUGUUCCCAAUCAGAAUACAAAUUUGGUUAAGGACAAAGAUGAAGUUGCCAAUAAACAGAAUUUGCAAACUAAUGAUAAUAAAAGAAGGAACAAGGAGGGUUGGAACCAAGAUAAUUUCAAACUUGAUGACACUAAGAAAGAGAAUGUGAACCAAGAUGGUUUCAAACGAGAUGACAUUAAAAGAGGAGACUUGAACCGGUUUCCUUUUAAGGUCGGUGACAGACAACCUAAUAGGUAUGGACCUCAGGAAAUGGCUGUCAAUAAUCGGAAGCUUCCAGAAGUGAAAGACUUCCCUGUUGAUCCACAAGUGGAUGAAGAUGAUAAAGCAAGAAGGGAAAAGUAUUUGGGCGGAGACAAUGUUGACACACCAGAUGAAGACCUGCCAAAAUUGAAGAAUAAAAAACCAACUGAGACAGGAAAAUCAGAACAUGGGGUCAGGUCUCUUGAAAACCUGAAGAGCCGGGCAGGUAACCCAGACAUUGUAGAUUUCAGAAAUAAUCACAGUAACUUGAAGUAUAAUGUGUAA